AUGAACUUAUGGUUAGUAUUGAUAAUAUUUUAUAUAUCAAAUAUUAUAUAUUGUGAAAAAAUUUUGGAUUCAAAAAUAUGUUUUGUUUUUUUAUCACAAAAUUGGGAAUAUGAAGAUAUUAAAAUUAAUAAAACAAUCAAAAAUAUUAAAGAACAAGAGGGUUUACUAAACAUAAAUAAUUCCUUAUUUUUAACGAGUAAAAAUAUUUUAAAAGAUUUAAAUGGGUAUUGGACAAUUUUUCCUAUUAUAACUGGAAUACAAUCUAAUCCAGAAUUUUCAAAUAAAAAAUGGUAUCUUUUUCUUGAACCAACAACAAAUGUUAAUCUUGUAUUACUUAAUGAAUUUAUAAAAAAUAUUGAUAUUGAUAAAAGCAUUUAUCUUGGUAAAAGCGUCCUGGAUUCACAUCCAGUUAUUAUACACCAUUAUUAUGGUUACGACCCCUCAAAACACAAACCAAUUUAUUAUCCUUUAACGGCAAGUGGAUUAUUAAUGAAUAUUAAUUUUAUAAAAGAUGUUGAUGAAAAAAUAAAGUUAAAUGAUAAAGAAUUAAAUAAUUUUAAUAUUGAUGCAAAAUUUGAAUUUGCUAAGUUUGUAAAAGAUAAACUUGAUAUUGAUAUUAUCAAUGAUGAUAGAUUUUGUUUUGAUACUGAUAAUAAUGAUCUUAAUAAUUGUAUUACUAUUCAUAAAACACCAUUAUAUGAUAAAAUAGAAGAAGAAUGUCAAUAUACUGCUAAUAGUAGUAAUACUUUUAUUGGAGUUAAAACUUUUUCAGGAUAUUAUAAAAGUAGAUUACCAAUUAUUUUAAAUACAUGGGCAAAAAAUCUUAAUAAUAUUGGGUUUUUUGGUGAUAUAGAAGAUAAAGAAUAUUCAACCAUUAAACUUGAUAUACCAAAUGUUUCAAAAGGACAUUGUGAAAAAACUUUAGGAAUAAUAAAAUAUUUUGUUAAAAAUAAAAAAUUUGAAUCUUUUAAUUGGUUAAUAAUUGGUGAUGAUGAUACAUUAUUUAAUAUACCAAAACUUUAUGAAAUGUUAUCUUGUGUUAAUUAUAAAUAUUCAAUUGUUGUUGGUGAAAGAUAUGGUUUUAGACAUCGAGAAAAUUUAAUAGAUUCAUAUGAUUAUCCUACCGGUGGUUCUGGAAUGUUUUUUACAAGAGAAGCAGCAAAAAUAAUUGCAGAAAAUUGUUUAUGUGCUACUCAUACAACUCCUGAUGAUAUGGCAAUAGGAUAUUGUAUAAGAAAAUAUGAUAUACGCUUUUUUCAUUCCCCAGCACUCCAUCAAUCUUCAAUUAACUCAUACUCAGAAACAUACCUUCGUCAAACAACACCUAUUUCAUUUCAUAAGUUUGAAGAAGUUGAUCCAUACUACGUCUUUUCAAAGUAUCUUACGUCAACUCAAAUUCUUCCGCCAGAAGAUUUAAGUAUUCAAGAAGUAACAAACGUCAAUAUAACUUUUUCAAAAAAUAAUAUCUCAAAAAAUGAAGGAAAACAUUAUGAAUUAUAA